GCCAUGAACCCACUUAUCCAUAAUCAAGCGACCUUCUUCUACCGGGGCAAGUGGAACGCAGCGAUGGAUACGUUGCUACUUUCUACUGUGAUCAAGCUGCGAACUGGGAGCUCAUCGACCGAUGACUUUGUGACUGAUUCGGUGCUCAACGAGGCUUGUAAGUUAAUCAAUCUUCGCUUUGCCACUAAAAUAACUUGUGCUGAUGUUGUCAGUCGGUUGGAGCUACUCCGAGUUCGCCACCAGACUUUCAACGAAGUUGUUACUACACCGGGAGUCCGCUGGGACCUUGAUGAGAAGCUCAUCGUUGCAGACGAAGAAACUUUGAAGUUUAUAUUUCGGACAAACCCCCUUGCCGGAGCUUACUAUUACCAAGACGAGGCGGAAUAUAACCGCUUAACAACCAUGUUUGGGCUUCAGGAUGUGAAAAAGGAGAAGUCGCGAGAGGUGAUAACCAUGUCCGACACAACGGAGCUGAUCGUGAUAACUGAUUCCCCCGUACCAAAUGCACCUACUCGUGGGAAGCAUGCUCCUUCGCCAGUUGAUCCGGACGAAGUCAAUUCACCCUUCAUCGAUCAAUAUACAAUGGUUCGCCGGAAGCUUUUUGAUGAGCCAUCGACCAAUACCAAACAAGGCUCGCCAAGCAGGGCUGGUGGACUUGUUGGACGCAUGGAUCCAACUCGGUUGUUGCCAGUGAAGCAAUUGUACUCAUCGCCGAAAGGCUCAUCGUGCGCGUGUUGGAGUCCGGCAGCACCAUCGCGCAAAUUGACCCCUUAAUUAUCUACGUUGUGCCCCCGACCAGUCUCGAUAUCUUUUGUUAACUUAUUAAUAUGUUGUUUCGUAGGUGGAAUUAAAAAAAUGAUUGUUGAAUGUAGGUUUAACUUAUGUUGUUUGCUUUAAAAUGUACAAGCGAGACUGCUCUGCUAGGUUAUGUAUUAUGUUUGUAUAAUUUUCAUGUGAAAUGCACUGUUAGUUUAAUAUUAAA